AUGGGUUUCUGGAAGAAGAUUCAAAAGCUUCAAGUCAAGGACCUUGAUAUCAACAACAAGAAUUCUGCAGUUCGCGAAGGGCUUCGCGAAAUUGAUGAGCAUGUCUUUCAACCGACAUGGGAUCAGCUAGGUGGCCUUCUUAUCGACCCGGUUGCAAAAGCCUAUAUUGAAUUCGUUGAAGAGCAGGCCAAAGGCAAAUACCAACCACUCCCGCAGUGGCUUAAAUUGAUUCUCUCGGAGGACAACUCAUAUGACAUUGAUUUGCCACGAGUGAGCUAUGCAGAGGGCAUCAACACGCUCCAAGCAGACAACGCCAUCACUUUUGGCUACAACAUCCACUUCCCGCGUGCGACCAAUCUAGAGCGUGAAGGACUAGUCAAGUCCGAUGUCUGGUGGAUACUGCACGAGCUCGAGCAUUGCGUCCAGUACAAGGCCCUUGGAGGAAUCGGUCCUUUCCUGGCCAAAUACUAUGUCAACAGUGUGGUAGCGGGACUUAGAUCGCUCCAGGUUGGUACAUGGGAAAAGUACAUCAACAAAAUCCAUAGCAAUCUACAGAUUGAAAAGGAUGCAGACUCCAAGGCCAAUUCCCUUAUCGACAGCGUCAUGAGCGAUCUGGACGACCUCUCCCUCGGUCGUCCCACUGUACUCGGUAGUAGCCAAGGUUCUCACAUCAAUUGUACGAACCAAACCAUCCGCGAGGGGGAAUUCCUUGAGUCCGACGACGGGCGUUUUCGAUUCAUCUGCCAAUUCGAUGGCAACGUAGUAUUGUAUGGGCCAGGAAAUAGUGUUUUGUGGAAGAGUUCCACUGACGGGAUUGGAAAGCCACCAUAUAGAAUUGUGGCGCAGGAUGAUAGAAACAUUGUGCAGUAUGAUCGCGAAAACAGAGCCAUCUGGAGAACUGGGGCCUCGGAGGCUGGUCACCUAGGGUGCUUCUUGGUGCUUCAAAAUGAUGGCAAUCUAGUCUUGUACCAGUCUGAACCGAUAGUGGCUGUUUGGCACAACCAUACACCUGGACAUUAA